UAAACUGUGCUGCUUACGUCAUUUUUUUCUAACUGCGCAGCGGAGCACCGGAAGGAAGUGGGUGUUAGCUGACAAAGGUUAGCAGCUUACAUUUCGGACGCUUGCUGUGGGUUCUAUGGAAGAGAUGUCAGGAGAGAGUGUGGUGAGCUCGGCAGUGCCGGCAGCUACAACACGAACAGCGUCCUUCAAAGGAUCCAGCCCCAGCUCAAAGUAUGUGAAGUUAAAUGUCGGCGGAGCGCUGUACUACACUACAAUGCAGACACUAACAAAGCAGGACACAAUGCUUAAAGCCAUGUUCAGUGGCAGAAUGGAAGUGCUCACAGAUAGUGAAGGUUGGAUCCUAAUUGAUCGCUGUGGGAAACACUUUGGAACAAUCCUUAACUAUUUACGAGACGGGGCUGUCCCACUGCCAGACAGCCGUCGAGAAACAGAGGAACUGCUUGCUGAGGCCAAGUACUACCUUGUUCAAGGACUUUCUGAUGAAUGCACAGCUGCCUUGCAGAACAAAGAAACAUAUGAACCUCUAUGUAAAGUGCCUUUGAUGACAUCGUCUAAAGAAGAGCAGAGACUUAUUGCAACUUCAAAUAAGCCAACUGUAAAGCUGCUAUAUAAUAGAAGCAACAACAAAUAUUCAUACACCAGCAAUUCGGAUGACAACAUGCUAAAGAAUAUUGAGCUGUUUGACAAGCUGUCUCUGCGGUUCAAUGGCCGAGUACUUUUCAUCAAAGAUGUGAUUGGAGAUGAGAUCUGUUGCUGGUCGUUUUACGGCCAGGGUCGGAAGAUCGCUGAAGUGUGUUGCACUUCCAUUGUGUACGCCACAGAAAAGAAACAGACAAAGGUUGAGUUUCCUGAAGCACGAAUCUAUGAGGAGACUCUCAAUAUCCUUUUGUAUGAGUCUCACGACGGACGAGGUCCAGACAAUGCUCUGCUGGAGGCCACAGGGGGCGCCGCCGGCCGAUCUAACCAUCUGGACGAGGAAGAAGAGCGGGAACGAAUAGAACGAGUUCGUAGAAUUCAUAUCAAACGUCCAGAUGACCGCACUCACCACCAUCAGUGACUUUCCUCUUCUGACUCGCCAAGCCGCAUUUCUGAGCUCGGAUGGUCUGUGUGCCGUGCUUGUGCCUUAUAACACAGAGGGCUUCACUUUCUGACUUCCUUUCUUUUAUCAGCCUUUUCGAGAAGGAAAUGAGAGUGAAUUUGAUCUGUUUAGUGAUGGAGUGAUUUUGUGUUUUGUUUCUUUGUCUUUUCUUCUUAAGCUGUAGCAUUUCGUAUGUUAGCCACAGCAGGAGCUCAGAGGUGUGCAUGUCUGCAAACAAUUUCACCAGCCUGUGUGAGUGAGCGAGAAUUGACAGUAUAAGUCUUUUUUUUUUAUUUAAUGGUAUUAUUAGUUUUUGAUUUAUUUUGUAUAUUUUUUAAAGGGGGGGUAUAUUUAUAUGACAAUAUCUAAAUGAAGUAGAUGAAGAAGAAAUGAAAAUGGUUCAGUUUUUUUUUUCUAGUUGGUUCUUUUGGGUUUUGCUAGAAAGUCUGUAGAAGCUGCUGUUGUUCAUUUGGAGGCCACACGGGGGCACUGUUUCACAAGUUACAAGCAAGGCCCACCUUGUAGCCUGCCAGAUAGUAAGCUUUCCUAAAAUUAAAAAUUAUAUAUUACUAAGAUAUCAAUUGAUGCAUCGUUUCACUGUAUAGCUUCGGUUAUUUGUAUUUUCAGUCCACAAAACAAGUCAUAUUUUUACAAAGCAAACCUGAACACUGACUCUUGUGUGUUGAGUGCUCUGGGUUGAAUGAUGUAAUGAGUGAGUGUCACUGGAGAUCUUCCUGGCAGGAAAGGAGCCCUGUUUACAAGCUUUUAACAGGGAGGGAAAUUAGACCCGGCUUUCAUCAUUGCAUUCAUCAAAAAAUGUAUUGUUUGCAAACUAAAGGUUGAAGUUAAAAUGUCUCAUUGCAGUUCUCACAAGUAGGUUGUACAAAAAUGAACUCAAGUGUGUGUUUUAUAUUUAUACCUUAUAUUGAAUAAAUUUGUACAAAGAA